AUGGGUAUUGAGAUAGGGCAAGCUUGUGUGCAGCUUUCAAAAGUGGCAAUUUCUGAAACUCAUGGGGAGGACUCUCCCUAUUUUGCUGGAUGGAAAGCCUACGAUGAAAAUCCUUAUGAUGAAAUAACUAACUCCUCCGGUGUUAUACAAAUGGGAUUGGCUGAAAAUCAAGUUUCAUUUGAUUUGCUGGAAAAGUACUUAGAAGAACACUCAGAGGCCUCCAUCUGGGGAAAAGGAGUUUCUGGUUUCAGAGAGAACGCUUUAUUUCAAGACUAUCAUGGACUUGAGUCAUUCAGAACUGCAAUGGCAAGUUUCAUGGAACAAAUAAGAGGAGGGAGAGCAAAAUUUGACCCACACAGAGUAGUCCUCACUGCAGGGGCAACUGCAGCCAAUGAGCUCUUAACUUUCAUUCUCGCAAAUCCAGGAGAUGCUUUACUUGUUCCAACCCCUUACUAUCCAGGAUUUGAUAGAGAUUUAAGGUGGAGAACUGGAGUAAACAUAGUUCCAAUCCACUGUGACAGCUCAAACAAUUUCCAAAUUACUCCUCAAGCUUUAGAGGCUGCAUAUAAAGAAGCAGAAGCUAUGAACACUAAAGUGAGAGGAGUGUUAAUCACAAACCCUUCAAACCCGUUAGGUGCAACAAUUCAACGCUCGGUUCUGGAGGAGAUUCUUGAUUUUGUGACUUGCAAGAACAUCCAUCUUGUCUCAGAUGAAAUCUACUCAGGCUCAGUCUUCUCCUCCUCUGAGUUUGUAAGUGUAGCAGAAAUCCUUGAAGCUCGUCAGUACAAAAAUGCAGAAAGAGUUCACAUUGUUUAUAGUCUCUCAAAAGACCUUGGUCUUCCUGGUUUCAGAGUUGGUACUAUUUAUUCAUACAAUGAUAAGGUUGUGACAACAGCAAGAAGGAUGUCAAGUUUCACAUUAAUAUCCUCUCAGACACAACACUUAUUGGCUUGUAUGUUAUCUGAUAACAAGUUCACUGAGACCUACAUUAAGACUAAUAGAGAGAGACUGAGGAAGAGAUAUCAAAUGAUAAUUGAAGGGUUGAGAAGUGUUGGGAUUGAAUGCUUGAAAGGGAAUGCAGGAUUGUUUUGCUGGAUGAAUCUAAGUCCACUCUUGGAGAAGCCAACUAGGGAAGGAGAAUUGGAGCUUUGGAAUGUUAUUUUGCAUGAAGUGAAACUUAAUAUCUCUCCGGGGUCUUCUUGCCAUUGUUCUGAACCAGGUUGGUUCAGGGUAUGCUUUGCAAAUAUGAGUGAGAAAACGCUUGAAGUAGCGUUGGAAAGAAUACGUAUCUUCAUGGAACGAAUAAGGACAGAAAAGAUAUGA